AUGAACACUCGUAGGCUUAAUUACGAGAACAUCAACCCCCACGUCAAAGCAGCUCGAUACGCCGUGCGCGGGGAGCUCUCGACCAAAUCAGAAGCAUAUCGAGCCAGGAUCGCUGAAGGUAAUGCGAACGAUAUCCCUUUUUCAAGCGUCGUUUCUGCCAAUGUUGGAAAUCCCCAGCAGCUGGGCCAGAAGCCCAUUACUUUCUUCCAUCAGGUCUUAAGUCUUCUGGAGAAUCCGUCUCUCCUCGACCACGAGGAUAUUCUGCGAGAUCAUCUGGGGUAUAAGGGAGAUGUUCUUGUGCGUGUAAAGGCACUUCUGAGCGUCGUUGGGUCUGUUGGUGCGUAUAGUCCCAGCAAUGGGUACCUGGCAUUUCGACAAGACAUUGCGGAGUUUCUGGAACGGCGCGAUGGCUAUCCAGCAAAAGCAUCCGAUAUUUUCAUGUGUGCCGGAGCAUCCUCCGGCGUCAACACUCUGCUACAUGUCAUCUGUGCCGAUGAAAAUACCGGCAUACUCAUCCCCAUCCCACAGUACCCUCUCUACACAGCCACACUGUCACUAUUAGGGGCAAAAUGUGUGCCCUAUUAUCUGAACAGCAAGGCGGGCUGGAGUGUUGACGUAGGCGCCGUCAAAGACGCAUACGAGAAUGCAACAGCCAAAGGCGUAGACGUUCGCGCCAUCGUGAUUAUCAAUCCCGGUAAUCCGACAGGGGCCGUACUCUCCGAAGAGAAUAUUAGGGGCAUUAUCAACUACGCGCGGGAAAAACGACUCGUCAUCAUUGCUGAUGAAGUAUACCAGCGUAACGUCUUCAGCAAGGAGUUCCACUCGUUCAAAAAGGUACUCUGUAGCAUGCAAGCUACGGACCCUGAAAGGUUUCAACAAAUUGAGCUGGCUAGUCUGCACUCCGUGUCAAAGGGGUUGAUUGGAGAAUGUGGACAUCGGGGAGGUUUCUUCGAGCUCGUGGGUUUCGAUCCACGCGUCCAGGCUGAGAUCUACAAGUUCAUCAGCAUUAUGCUUUGUCCUUCGGUUAUUGGUCAAUGUCUUGUAUCUUUGAUGGUCCGUCCGCCACUGAAAGGAGAUUCGAGUUAUGAGCAGUAUGAGGAAGAGUCUAUGGGUAUCCUUGAAGAUAUGAAGAGCCGUGCUCGAACAUUACAUGCUGUUUUUUCGCAGGAGGAGGGCUUUGAGUGCAGUGUGCCUGAAGGAAGUAUGUAUCUCUUUCCAUCGGUGAAGAUACCACCCAAGGCAGUGGAAGCUGCUGCUUUGGAGGGUCGGUCGCCAGAUGAGUUUUACUGUUUGAAGCUGCUUGAUGCAACGGGCGUUUGUGUUGUUCCAGGGAGUGGGUUUGGGCAGAUGGAAGGGUCAUUCCAUUUCCGGACGACCUUUUUGGCGCAGGGUACGGAGUGGGCAGAUCGGAUUGUUAGUUUUCAUCGGCGAUUCAUGGAUCAAUAUCAGUGA